AUCAAAAACCAUUACAUUGUCUCUCAUUCCUUCAUUCAUUAACUUUCUCCAGUAUACUUCCAUUAAUUAUUCAAUGCGCAUUGCAGAAGUCAAAAAUUCAAGAGAACAGCGCAUUGCUGCUCAUUCUCACAUCAAGGGCCUCGGACUGAGGGACGAUGGCUAUGCUGAACCGAUCGCUUCUGGAUUUGUUGGACAAGAACAAGCUCGUGAGGCUUGUGGUAUUGUUGUUGAUCUGAUCAAAUCAAAAAAGAUGUCAGGACGUGCAUUACUGUUCGCUGGUGCCCCUGGAACAGGAAAGACUGCCAUCGCCUUAGCUAUUUCACAGGAGUUGGGACCUAAGGUCCCAUUUUGUCCAAUGGUAGGAAGUGAAGUCUUUUCUAGUGAAAUCAAAAAGACAGAAGUUUUAAUGGAGAACUUUCGUCGCGCUAUAGGCUUAAGGAUCAAGGAGACAAAGGAAGUUUAUGAGGGAGAGAUAACAGAAUUGACGCCAGAGGAGACAGAGAACCCAUUAGGUGGAUAUGGCAAGACAAUUUCACACGUCUUAAUUGGUCUGAAGACCGUUAAAGGGACAAAACAACUAAAACUGGAUCCAUCAAUUUAUGAGAGUAUUCAAAAGGAGAAGGUCACAGUAGGAGACGUCAUUUAUAUUGAGGCUAACACUGGAGCAGUCAAGAGAGUUGGUCGCUCAGAUGCUUAUGCAACGGAGUUUGACCUGGAAGCAGAGGAAUAUGUACCACUGCCUAAAGGUGAAGUCCACAAGAAGAAGGAGCUAAUUCAAGAUGUCACCCUACAUGACUUGGAUGUCGCUAAUGCUAGACCUCAAGGUGGUCAGGAUGUCAUGUCGAUGAUGGGACAGUUUAUGAAACCAAAGAAGACAGAGAUCACAGACAAGUUGCGCAAAGAGAUCAACAAAGUUGUCAACAAGUAUAUCGACCAAGGAAUUGCAGAGCUAGUUCCUGGAGUAUUAUUCAUUGACGAGGUUCACAUGCUUGAUAUCGAAUGUUUCACUUACCUUAACCGUGCCCUAGAAUCAACCCUUUCACCUAUUGUUGUAUUUGCCACCAACCGUGGCAUGUGCUCUAUCCGUGGCACAGAAGAUAUUAUUUCGCCUCAUGGAAUCCCAGUUGAUCUCUUAGAUCGUUUGCUCAUCAUCCGAACUUUACCUUACACCUUGGAGGAAAUCCGCGUCAUCAUCACCAUCCGGGCGAAGACAGAAGGAUUAACUGUACAGGACGACGCUCUAAACCAUUUAGCAGAUGUUGGCCUUAAGACUAGUCUACGGUACGCAAUUCAACUCUUGGCUCCAGCCAAUAUCAUGGCCAAGAUUAACGGACGUGAUGAAAUCUUCAAGGGUGAUGUCGAGGAAGCUGGAGACUUGUUCUUGGACUCGAAGCGUAGCGCGAAGAUCGUCACGGAGGAAAACCGAGGAUUUAUCGUCUAGAGUCAUGAUUUGCUUGCAAAGGAUUCCACGGAU